AUUAUUAAAUGGAAAAAUUAUACAAGUUUGCUUGAAUUAGCAAAUACAUUACAUUAGUGGUUAUGUUCUUAAUAUAUAUGCCGGAUCAAAACAUACUUGUUCAUAUUUGUAUCGAUAGCAUAAAAUAUAACGUUUAAGAUGAAACUGUAUUGUUUAUCGAGUGAACCAACAAAACCAUGUUUGGUUCUAAGUUUCAAAGGAAUUACUUUAAUGUUAGAUUGCGGCUUAAAUAUGCAAUCUGUAUUACAUUUCAUGCCAAUGCCUAUGGUUCCCAGCACCAAAUUUAAUUCUUUACCUUUGUGGCUUCCACGUGAUAAUCAUCAAGAUUGGCAAAUAGAAGGGGAACUAAAAGAAUGUUGCGGCAGAGUAUUUGUAGAUUCGACCCCUGAAUUUUCUCCACCUUUGGAGAAAAUAGUAGACUUUUCAGAAAUUGAUGCCAUUUUGAUAUCAAAUUAUACUUGUAUGUUGGCUCUGCCAUUUAUAACAGAGGACACUGGUUUCAAAGGCAUUAUUUAUGCUACGGAACCAACAUUACAAAUUGGACGAUUCUUUAUGGAGGAACUAGUAGAAUUCAUUGAACAAACUCCGAAAGCUACAUUAGCCAAACAUUGGAAGGAAAUGUUACAUGUAUUACCUCCUCCAUUAGCUGAUGCUCUUAAGCCAAAAUCUUGGAAACAUAUAUAUUCGAUAUCAGCAGUUAAUACUUCUUUAUCAUAUAUCCAAACAGUUGGAUAUGAUCAAAAAUUGGAUAUAUAUGGUGCAUUAACAGUCACUCCUAUAAGCUCCGGAUAUUGUUUGGGUAGCAGUAAUUGGUUAAUUUCAUGUGACCAUGAAAAGGUUGCAUUUGUAAGUGGAUCCUCAACAUUGACAACACAUCCUCGGCCUAUGGAACAAGCUACUUUGAAACAUGCUAAUAUGUUAAUAUUAACUGGUUUAACUCAAACACCUACUGCAAAUCCAGAUACUAUGCUUGGAGAACUGUGUAUGACUGUUGCUAUAACACUCAGAACUGGCGGAUGUGUUUUAAUACCGUGUUAUCCAUCUGGAGUUGUAUAUGAUUUAUUUGAAUGCCUUAGUACUCAUUUGGAUAAGUCUGGUUUUUCACAAGUUCCUUUAUUUUUUAUAUCACCAGUAGCUGAAACAUCUUUAGCAUAUUCAAAUAUUUUAGCUGAAUGGUUGUCAACAAAUAAACAAAAUAAAGUUUAUCUUCCUGAGGAACCAUUUCCACAUGCUUUUCUUGUUAAAAAUGCCAGAUUAAAACAUUUUACAUCUAUAUAUGCUGAAGGUUUUAGUUCUGAUUAUAGACAACCUUGUGUUGUCUUUUGUGGUCAUCCCAGUCUUAGAUUUGGAGAUGCAGUUCAUUUUGUUCAGUUAUGGGGUAAUAAUCCACAACAUACCAUAAUUUUCACAGAACCAGAUUUUCCAUAUUUAGAUGCUUUGGCACCAUUUCAACCAUUAGCUAUGAAAGCAGUGCAUUGUCCAAUUGACACAUCUCUUAAUUUUACUCAAGCUAAUAAAUUAAUUAGGGAUUUGAAACCAGAACAUUUAGUUAUACCUGAGUGUUAUACACAACCACCAAUAACUGCUCCACAUAGAACAGAUCUUGUUAUAGAACCUGUAGGGGAAAAACCUUUAAUCACUUUCAAAAGAGGUGAAGUUAUAAAAUUGCCUUUAAAAAGGAAGAAAGGACGGGUGUUUAUUGAGCCUGAAUUAGCUGGAAAUAUAAUUCCUAAUGAAAUUCGUCCUGGUUUAAGUCUUGCCUCUGUUACUGGUGAACUGGAAGUUAAGGAUAACGUAUAUACAAUAAAAAGCAUUGAAGAUAGACCUAGUGGAAAACGUAAAGCGUCUUCUAGUUCACCUGCACCAAUUAAGGAAGAAGUUCUUAAAGAAAGAAAACAUGAGUAUGGCAAUUUGGAUCCACAAGAACUCCUUCAAAAGCUUAAUCAAGAAGGUAUUCAAGGAGCCAAGUUACAACAUAGUCCAACUGCGACCAGUAUUCAUUUACAAGAUGAAGAUACUUUGAUUCAAAUAGGGGAUAAUUCGACACAUAUAUUUUGUAACGGUGAUCAAAAGAUUAGGAGACGAUUAAGGACUAUUAUUAUGCAGUGCCUUAAGAGAUUUUAAAAUAAGAAGUAAAUACUAUUAUUCUUUUAUAUAAUUACAAUUUUAUUAUAAUUUAGUUUUAUUUAUAAGUGAGAUUUUGACUUAUAUAGCACACAGAAUAAUAUUCUUCUCAUCCUAAGUACUUUCGAUUAAUCAUAAGCUACAAAGAUAUAUGUUAAUAUAUCUUCUUGCCUUUAUCUUGCAUAUAUAGGAUGUGAAACUUAAUGUGUUACAAAAUAAUAUUUCAGAGGCUACAAAAGGUACGCGAAAUCUUACGAUCGUAUAACGAUCAUUUUAAAUAUUUAUAUUUGUUUGACUCAUUUACUAAUGAUUAAAAUAAUCAUAUAUACAUAAUUAUAUAUAUAGUAUUGAGAAAAUAGAAUGAAAAUAGCAAGCGCUGUCAUAGCAUAGCACAAUAAAAUCCUUGGUAUAAAAUAGUUUCAGUUAUCUUAUAAUGCAAUAAUUACAUUCAAUAGUUACAAUUAAAAACUUCGCACUUACUGUUGUAAUAUUUUGUAACAAAGCAAGCAUUACAUCUUAUAUAUACAUAUAUACAUACACGUCGAUCUAUACAUAAUCUUUACAAAUACAAUAGUUAAGAGCAUGGCAGUAUUACAUAAUUUAUUUCAUUUAUAUCUUUUCAUGCCAUAAAAUACUUGAGUGAAUUCAUUAAAAAUCUUACGCAAAAAAUGUUACGGAAAAAAUAUUAUAAAAUACUAUAUCGUCUUAUUCAAAACCAUAUAACUUAUAGUUAUAUGUAAGACAGAACACAUCAUUUGAGGGAAAAUUUGUUUAUAGUACUCUAUUUUAACAGUGUCUUUUAUUUCAUACUACUGUGUCCAUUUUGUAUUUUUGAUAAGAUACUAAUUAAAUAAUACUAUUUAACUAAUAAAUUAAAUAACAAUAUUUUUAUAAAAAAAUUUUGUGGGAGUUCGAAAUUAUAUGAAUAUAUUUCACAGAUCUAAUUAAAUAUAGAAAAAUGGUACAAAAAAGUUAUACCAUUUGUUAAUAUUGUUAAUAUAAGAUUAUAUUAAUUUCUAUGCUUUGUAAAUAUACUUCCUAAAAUUACUGCACUAUUUUUGCUACAUUCUGAAUGCAAAACGAAUUUUAGUAUUUAUUUCAACACAUUUUAUAGUAUCUAUAUUAUCACUUAACUAAUGAAAAAUUAAUCUACAUGUUACAAAAUGGCAAAUGUAGUAUUAAUAAAAAAUAUAUGUUAUUAAUGUUAAAUUAGUAACAUAAAUUAGUAAAGUAUUAAAAAAAUGUUAUUAAGUUAUAAAUAUAAGGAAGUAAAAUUUCAUUAUAUUAUGUACUGUUAGGUGUGCUUAAUUAUUAGCAUUUUCAAAACAUAAGUUCCAGUUUUAUAUCUUACCACGUAUAUUUUUAUGAAGUUUUAUAUAUUUUUCUUGAAAUGUAAACAUCUGAAUUUUUUAUAUGCAUUCAGAAUACAGCA